UAUUACUUACAUUAUUGCAUUCAAGGAUUAUGCAACCAUUCAUAGAACUGUUUCCUUUCAAAUGCUCACAGGGCUGGAUCUGGGUUUAGGAGAAUGAUUUAGAAAGAUUGUGUACUACGAUACCUGUUUUGGAAACUUCAAGACAGCCAGUCAAAAUCUCCCCAUUGUUUUAGUUUAUAGAUUGAUUGAAGAAAAAGAAAUGGCUGACAAACCAAGCCGAGGUUUAGUGUUGUAUGGUGAUGGGUUGGCACAUCUGAUUUCUCCUUCACAUACCAAUCUCCAUUCUCUUGCAGCUCGAGGUGUAUGCGGGUUCUUGUCCCUCCCACAUUCCCCUCAUGCAGAAACUGAGGAUGAGAGAGUGGUUAGAGAGUUGGCUCAACUACUGGAUUCCCAUGAUGCUUAUAUCAGCAAUAAUGGAGAGCAUGCUCCUACUGUUGAAUGUCAGCAAACAUCCUUGCUGCCAACUAUAUCAGAGAGGUUUAUGGGGCUAAGAACUGCUCUUUUGGCAACCAAUGCAAGCGUGAAGCGUUUUGGAAGAAAACUUGGCUUCACUGUGUUCCAAUUUGAUGAGUUGACUAACUACCUCAAUGAAUCCCCCCAGGAUGUUAUAAUCUCUGAGAUAUUUAAGUUGUUGGGUUUCCAAGAGGGAAGGAUACUAGAAACAAGUCAAUUUGAUUUAGUGUUAUUGCAUGUUGGGCAUGGUGAGAAGGAAAAUGAGCUGGAGUGGGUCAAUAAUUUGGUUGGUGGGAUUAUUCAAACAGCACAACCUGGAUCAGAAGUUGGCUCUCGUCUUCACGUUUCUAUCAUCAUGAGCUAUGGGGCUGUGUCUAAUGAUGAGGAUCCUAAUUUAUCGAUGUUGAUCUCACAAAAGGGGAUAAAUUCUAAUCUUUCAUUGCUUAUCCCUCGUCAAAGUUACACCAUGAAAGGAGGAAACUUACUGAAUAACAUUAGGCACCAUUGUCCAAUGUUAAUUGCACAAUGGCAGGAGGCUGUAACUCGGAAGGAUAUGGUGGAGACAUUUUCAUUCAAGGAAUUUAAGGAGCAUGGUGCAAACCUUGCUAUGCCGGCAGACCGCUUUUUGCAUGAGGUAGCUUUUAAGCUGUGGAAGGCCCCUAAAUAUGGAGCAUGAGUGUGUUUUCCUUUUCCUUGGUAGGAAAUUUGUUCUAAGUAAACUGGAUGAGGAAGGAGCUUUUUGGUCUAUCAGAUAUGUUUCCAUCACUUAUCAUCAGAAGAUUUGUAUCACUGAAUCAUGUUUUUGAAAUCAAAUUGAUUCUUAUGCUCCAGUUUCGAUCC